AUUUUUCAUGUUUUAUCAGGAUUUGUCAAAGUUGAACAGAAACCCUGCUCAAGUGAUCUAUCUCAGCGCCCAUGCUCUUGAAUCUUGCCUGCAGCAUGAAAAUUGUGUUGAAAUCAAACCUUUUAAACUUGAAGAUAAAAAAUGAUACCCAACUGCUGGAUCUAAUUCCAUUUCUCGAGUAUGUUGCCAUGGCUAGACCUUCUGACAUUAGGACAGUGCUGGCAUCCUAUCAAGGUCAUGAUGUUGCUGCUAAGUUUAUUGAGCGUUCAAAGGAACACCAGCGGUACUUUAUUGCCCAUGUAUAUAGACAUAACAUAUAUCUAGGUGCAUAGCAAGAUCGAUGUAUCUAGAGAAGCCAUGACGACAUAUAAUUUGGAAUGGAGGGAGUAAUUCUUCAAUGGAAGUGGCUCUAAUUAUAUUAAAGAAAGAUGUUGUAAGUUCCUAAUCAUCUCCCACCAAAUUUCUCGUGUGGAUAGGCUGGAUAUUUAAACUUGAACUGAAUUUAUGACAUUGCAUUAAGGGAUUAGUUGUGCUUGACUGGUCUUCAAAGUGAUAUGUGGCCCCUCUUUCACUAUGCCUGAUUUCACCAAUACCUGAAAAUAUAAGAAAAAUACAAUGUCUACAGGUCUGGCCUUUGAGUAUAUUUUGACCACCAGUAGGCAUGUUUAGGCUCAGGAUCUGAA